GCUAGGAGUAUUGGAGUGAGGAUGCGUUUCAUGUUGGGGCGACAUCUACGCAAUCAGUUGGAGUAUCGGUAUGGAUUGCUGGCAGGCGAAGCUGAUUGCGGCGAGGAUGAUGACAAUAACAACAACGGGGACACCCAUCUGCAGUGGGGUGAUGGGAACCGGGCGGAUGAGUGGAAGGUGGAGCACGAGGUUAAAACAGAGGUGGUGGUUGUGGUGGAGGGGAUGCAGGGAAUGGGCGAGAUCGACAAGAAGGGUGCGAAGGUGGACGACGACAACAACAACAACGACAACAACUCCAGCAACGGCGGUGAGCAGCGGCAGGGUGAAAUGGCCGACACGGGAGUGAAGAAUGACGACAACAACAAUAACGACACUAAUAACAACAAUGCCUGUGAGCAGGGAUUGGGCGAAAUAGGCGGCGACGGCACGAGGGACGACAACAACAGCAACAACGAUGGUGAUAACAACAACAACGACAAUGACAACAACAACGACAAUUACAAGGUCGCCACAACGACGGCUGGAGAGUUAAAGACAACGAUGACAACAGCAUUAGGGAAGUUGGGGGGAACUAGUAGCUUGGUUGGGCUGGUGAGGUGCGAUUUGAGGUUGAAGUGCCGGACUCGGAUGCGCGAUAUGGAACGACAGGCGAACCAGGCGAACCAAGCCUCCUCGUCGAAUGCUGCCUCUGCUCCGAUUCUACCAGCACCAGGCGCCAUUAUUCCUUACCAAGCUCCCUCCAAUGAUGUUCGGCAUUACCAAGGGACCGGAGGAUACAAUGGUGGAUCCAAUAGUGGAUAUAACAGUGGUGGCUAUAACAAUAGCUACAGGAGGUCGUGGAACUCUGGCCAGAGUUAUCAAGGCGAUAAAGUCGAAAGAAUGUGGAAUUGGAUGUCGGAGGAGUUGGCAGAAAGAGAACGUACUAAGAGAGAGAAGGAUGAAGCAACCAAGAAGGAGAACGAGGCGAAGCAACAGAAGGAAGCCGAAGAGAUGAAGUUGGCUGACAAGAGAGAGAAAGAAGAGUUCAAGGCAAGCAUUGGAUUGAUGGUUCACAACCAAAUGAAACAAGUCUGCGAAGAGGUUUUGGGAAAGAAGAUGGGCGAUGGCGAUCUUAUGAUCUCAAAAACCGUUGACGAAAUCCGAAGGAGAGCUGAAGCAGAGAAGCCUAAUGACAAGGACAUGGAUGCCUGUCGCAAGAAAGAUGAGGAAAUAUUCCGCCUGAAGUGCUCAAUGGCCGAACUUCAGAGGAAGACCGAUCAGACGAUCGACUGAUCAGACGAUCGGAGCAGAUCAAGAAAUUCAAUCGUUAAAAUCAGAUAAUCGGCACCUCAUUCA